UACAAGGGCUGAGUAAUAAGUAUUACUUAUUAAAGUAAAUUGGAAAAAAAAUGGCUUCGACUGGCACUACAGUGUGCUAGUUCUAAAAGAAGACAGUCAUGGUUUUGUUUGACACGAUUCUCGCGCAACUUUCAUCCAAUCUUGCUACGAGGCCAGGGAAAGCGACAGCAUCAAGAAAUAUCUAAUAGUACCGUGCAAGCCCUUCAAUCCCUCUUCGUUCUCGCAAGUUGAGUGGACGUCUCGCUGACCGAGAGUCUACUACUUCUGAGCCCGGUUGAAUACAGAAACAUCGUGUAGCAGAUCUUUCUAUCUUUAGCACUCUACUUUCCUUAAAAAACAACUCGGCGCGUCGAGCUCCAGGCAUGUCUGUUCAAAAACUGCAUAAAUACUUCCGCACUCCCCUGCAAGUUAUACAAGUUGCGCAACGUGAACUUUGUGCAUGCAGCAACGUUUAUCUGAAUCGCGAGAGAGUGCUUGGGGAAAAUGUAACGAGGAAGAUCGGAAAAUGAAACCACUCCUUUCAUCUGGCUUCAGGGGCGUCGGAACCCCUUCGACAUGUCCCGCGUCUUCGGCAGUUUGGUUGUUGGUCCGACGAAUCGAAACUCACGUGGAUCCAUGGUAGGCUGGUGUGCUGGUCGGACAUGCGGCACAGACCCGGCAGCAACCUCCGCUUUUCUCCGGGUGGAAGAACUCGGCACGAACAGCUCCGACUUCUUGGUAGCCACUGCUGCGCGCCGGGGCUUCAACAGCUUCUUCGCCACUUUCCGGAAAUCGAAGAGCGUUUUCCCCUGGGCCACAAUUUUCUUGCGGAGCGGGUCGAUGGUGGUCUUCUUGAUGUGACGUUGCAUUCGUCCCGAGCGGCCAGGGUGCUCGACGCGCUCCAUUUUCGCCUGUCUCCAUCGUGUCAUGAGCUGAAUUAAGCCUGCCUUCUGAGCCUUCGUUCUACACUUUCGCUGCUUUUGCCAAUUUUUCAUUGGGGCUUUGGUGUUCAUGUUCACCUUGUACCUUCUGAGGAUCGCCUUUUUCCGGCUUUUGAACGCUCCUACGAUUGCUCCUCGAUUCCAUUUUCUUUUUUGCUUCAUCGAAAACUGGGUUACCCCGGGCACGCCGGUGUUGGACUUGCUAUUCGCGUGUUUCGAUUUCCCUGGCUGCGCUGCUCCCGACACGUUCAACGCAAGCCGUCGAAACAGCUUUGCGUCUUCUAAUGCUUGGCUGCGGGGCGGCGUUCCAGAACUUUAAGAGUGCAGCUGGAGCUAUUCAUGAGCUAUAACUUGACCACGCUUACUAGUUUUAGUAGAGGCGGCUGA